AUUGAUUUUAGGAUUCUAGUUCAUUUCACAGAGGAUAGCCUCAUCCAAUCAGGUCUAUAUUCUCGCGCAAAGCAUCAUGGGUAGGAUAUUACCAAACAGGAGAGGAAGAAGGGGUAAAUAACGGACCCAGCCCUUAAAAUACAACCUUUUCUAUUCUUUGAAGGCUACAAUGACAUCAGGCAACAUGAGCAGCGAUGAAGAGAGGAGUAUGAGAGAGUGCGAGCAGUACGUGCAGAAACACAACAUCCAGCAGCUGCUGAAGGACUGCAUCGUCCAGCUGUGCACCUCGCGGCCAGACCGGCCAAUGGCUUUCCUCAAAGAGUACUUUGACAGACUGGAAAAGUCCCGAGGUUUCACGAUUGAAUGCUGCAGUAAAAGUCCUCAAGGAGUGAGGGAAUGGAAGCGCCCACUGACCGAGCGCUCCCCUCUGGGCCUCGGCCCGCGCCACCAGGAGGAGAGCAUGCAGAUGCUGCUGCAGCAGAAGGCCUCGGGCUCCCGCUCGGACUCCCGCGAGGAGGAGGUCUCCCCCCCCAUGAACCCCGUGGUGCGGGGGCGCCGCCGCCGCGGGGCCAUCAGCGCCGAGGUGUACAACGAGGAGGACGCCGCCUCCUACGUCAGAAAGGUCAUCCCAAAAGAUUACAAAACAAUGGCCGCCUUGGCCAAGGCCAUAGAGAAGAAUGUGCUGUUUGCCCACCUGGACGACAACGAGCGAAGUGACAUAUUCGAUGCCAUGUUUUCGGUCAACUACAUCGCUGGUGAGACGGUCAUUCAACAAGGCGACGAGGGGGACAACUUCUACGUCAUCGACAUUGGAGAGAUGGAUGUGUACGUCAACAGCGAGUGGGUGACGAGCAUCGGGGAGGGGGGCAGCUUCGGGGAGCUGGCCCUGAUCUACGGGACCCCCCGCGCCGCCACCGUGGGGGCGCGCUCCGACGUCAAGCUCUGGGGCAUCGACCGGGACAGCUACAGGAGAAUACUCAUGGGGAGUACUUUGAGAAAGCGCAAGAUGUAUGAAGAGUUCCUGAGCAAAGUGUCCAUUCUAGAGUCCCUGGAGAAGUGGGAGCGUCUCACCGUGGCCGACUCCCUGGAGACGGUGCAGUUUGAGGACGGCCAGAAGAUCGUGGUGCAGGGGGAGCCAGGAGACGAGUUCUUCAUCAUCCUGGAGGGCUCGGCCGCCGUGCUCCAGAGGCGGUCGGAGAGCGAGGAGUUCGUGGAGGUGGGACGGCUCGGGCCCUCCGACUACUUUGGCGAGAUCGCCCUGCUGAUGAACCGCCCGCGCGCCGCCACGGUGGUCUCCCGCGGGCCCCUGAAGUGCGUGAAGCUGGACCGGCCGCGCUUCGAGAGGGUCCUGGGGCCCUGCUCGGACAUCCUGAAGAGGAACAUCCAGCAGUACAACAGCUUCGUCUCCCUGUCUGUCUGACCCCCCCCUCCCUCCCUCCUGUCUGUCUGUCUAACCCCCCCCCUCCUGUCUGUCUGACCCCCCC